UAACUUACUUUGGUCCUCACUCUUCUCCAACACCCUCAUUUCACAAUAACCCCAUAGUUGUCUCCCUCCUCAACUCUAUAUCAAACCCUCAAUCUCUUUGUAUUUCAAUCUCACUUCAACACCCCUGUUUUCCCCUGCUUUCUACACCAAAACCCAGCAUACAUAGACUGAUAGACAUGUCUGAUUUCCAGUUCAAAAAGGGCGCAAAAGUCGAAAUCAGCAUAGAUGAAGAUGGUUUUCGUGGGGCAUGGUUCUGUGGAACAGUGGUUAAAGCACCAGCAAAAAAUGACAAGAAAGUGUUGAUUGAAUAUGAGACAUUGUUGGCAGAUGAUGAAUCAACCCCUCUAAAAGAGAAGGUCGAUUUGGUACAGAUUAGACCAACUGCACCAAGGGAAAUCAAUAGGGUUUUUAAAUUGGAUGAAGAAGUUGAUGUUUCCUAUAAUGAUGGGUGGUGGGAAGGUGUGAUCACUCAAGUUCUUCAAGAUAAUCAAUACUCUGUGUAUUUUAGACCUACAAGAGACCAACAUGAGUUCAAGGACUCAGAUUUGCGGCUCCAUAGAGAGUGGGUUCAUGGAAAUUGGGUACCUCCAUUGGAAGAUGAGGCAGUGCGGCCAACAGAAGAGAAGAUUCACGAGGAGAAAGAAGAGAAGACUUUCAUCAAAGGAAGCUUAAUUGAAGUAAGCAGUGAUGAAGAUGGAUUCGAGGGUGCUUGGUUCGCCGCAUCUGUUGUUGAGGUGAUUGGUAAGAACAAAUUCCUUGUAGAAUACAGGGAUCUAAAAACAGAUGAUGAUAAAGAGUUUGUGAGAGAAGAGGUUGAUGCCCUGCAUAUCAGGCCAUGUCCUCCAAAAGCUGGAAAAGUUGACAAUUUCAAGGAGUUUGAAGAAGUUGAUGCCCUUUAUAAUGAUGGGUGGUGGGUGGGAAUAAUUUCCAAAGUCCUUGAUCACUCAAAAUAUCUAGUUUUCUUCAAGACCACGGACGAGGAACUGGAGUUUAAGGGUGACGAACUGAGGGUUCAUCAAGAUUGGAUUGAUGGGAAAUGGGUUAUGGUUUCUAAGGCCCUGGACUUAUCAGGUUGAAGAGACUGGUCUACCUCGAGAGUGUGCUGAACUGAUCCAUGAGUAAGUAACCGUUGUAUUUAUAAUCUGAAAUAUUAUUUUGUUCAUAGUCAUUUCAAGGCCAUGCACGGAAUGAACAUGAAGUUCUAUUAUAGAUUUGACAUCUCACUUUUGCCGAUUUGCUGGAGGUUAAUUAGUAAAAUGGCUCCUCACUUAAUAUGAUCUCUGUUGUAAUGUCUGUAGGGGUUCGGGUCUGAUGGCCCGAAUUGUAAUGGUUGUAAUGUAGACUAUCUGUUAGCUGUGGCAUCUUCUUCCCUAGCUGAUAUUUUUGUGUAUAUUUUCGACUUUUUCAUUAAUUGAAAAUCCCAUGUAACUAAGUUGCAUUCAUUUCUCUGUUGUAAAAUCUGAAUAACAGAUUAUUGAUUUUGUCUUA